AUAUAUAUAUAUAUAUACAUUAAAAUAUCAAAUAUUUUCUAGCUGUUACAAUAUCGUUUUCUCUCUCGCCAUCUGCCAUGGCUGGUGUUAUGGAAACAGAGGAUCAGGCAAGACACCGUUUCCAGCUUGAGUUGGAGUUUGUUCAGUGCCUAGCGAACCCAAACUAUCUGAACUUUUUGGCUCAAAGAGGCUACCUGAGAGAGAAGCCUUUUGUCAAUUACUUGAAGUAUCUACUUUACUGGAAAGAACCAGAAUAUGCUAAAUUCCUGAAAUAUCCUCAUUGUCUGCACAUGUUAGAGCUAUUGCAGUAUGAGCAUUUCCGAAAGGAGCUGGUGAAUGCGCAGUGUGCCAAGUUCAUAGACGAACAGCAGAUCCUGCACUGGCAGCAUUACUCACGGAAGCGGACACGCCUGCAGCAAGCGCUCGUAGAGCAACAGCAACAGCAGCCGCAGGCUCCAUCCCAUGGCAACACCACAUCCAAAUGAUGCAGUCAACAUGCACCUGCUGGGAAUUAUUCUUUGACAAAAGCCUUUUUAUUUUAUUUUUUUGCUAAAACGUUUUCAAAUGGGCUUUUUCCAAAAUUUAAAUAGGACUUGGACUUGUAAAAUGCUCUCUGUAGGCCAUAAUGCUGUGUAUGUUUAUGAACAAAACUAGAGAAAGGUAAAAGAGCUUCUAAGAAGGUAAGAGGAGAGUGAUUAGAUAGCGGUCUUUUAGUUGGUUUUGCAUCGUAAAAGAAGUCACACAUUUGAACUGAAAUGUAUUUAAAUUCUGCAUCAAACUUAGUUUUUUACCAGCUCCAUGUUAUAUGCUUUACCUUUUACCAAAUAUAUAUAUAUAUAUAUAUAUAUAUAUAUAUAUAUAUAUAUAUAUAUUUGUAUUAUGUUUCUGUGUGCAUUUUGGACAAAAAUGGAUACCCAAUAAAGAAAAAUAAGGCAAAUUUUAAAGCCAACAAUUCUGUUGCAUUACUUCAUCUAAUAAAUAAAUGAAUUUGAAUCUA